GGCUGAAGGAGCGGCUCAAACUUUCCUCACGGGCCGUCGGUCAGUGCGCGCGCGUGUUUGACCGUUGACGCACCGGAGGAGGACGCACGGCGGGGACGCACGAGCCCGGACCGCCUGGGAACCGCUUGGAGGGCACGGGAGCGCCUUUUUUUUUUUUUUUUUUUGGGCCCGGAUUGGAGUUUAGGUUUUGCAGGAGGACUCCCCCAUGAGACAAAGACCGGAGAGUCCUGUAGGUCCACGGUGACGCACGGGCGGAGCGGCGCGCGCCCCCUCAGGAGCUCCGGGAGGAGACGCGCGCGCACUCCAACUCCACCGUAUUUUUAUGGAAUUUCACUAAAAACACAUGAGUUGGAUUGACCGCACGAGGGGCUUCCACGGACUAAACCCCUGGGAUUAAAAGAACCAGGACCAAUGGAUAACUUCUUCUCAGAGGGCGACCGGGUGUGGCUUCGGGAGGAUGACCAGUAUCAGCCCAGUACCGUGUCCUCCUGCUCCGGCGGUGUCGUCGUCUUCGCUACCGACUACGGCCAGGUGUACACCUAUAAGCAGAAUGCCCUCACCAGGCAGAAGGUCCAGCCCAUGCACCACAGCAGUAUCCGGGGGGUGGAGGACAUGGCAGUACUGGAGGACCUCCAUGACGGCGCCAUCAUGCACAACCUGCACCUGCGCUACCAGCAGAGACACAUCUAUACGUACAUCGGCUCCAUCCUGGCGGCGGUCAAUCCCUACCAGACGCUGCCCGGCCUCUACGAGCGCCCGGCCGUGGAGCUGUACAGCCGACACCACCUGGGAGAGAUCUCACCGCACAUCUUUGCCGUCGCCAACGAGUGUUACCGCUCACUGUGGAAGAGGCUUCAGAACCAGUGUGUCCUCAUCAGUGGUGAGAGCGGAGCCGGGAAAACCGAAAGCACCAAACUGAUCCUGAGGUUCCUGUCAGCCAUGAGCCAACACUCACAGGAGGCGCUGUCCAAGGACAGGACGUCACACGUGGAGGAGGCGCUGCUCGAGAGCAGUCCCAUCAUGGAGGCCUUUGGAAACGCCAAGACCGUCUAUAACAACAACUCCAGCCGCUUCGGGAAGUUUGUCCAGCUGCAUUUUAGCCAGAAAGGCAAUAUCCAGGGAGGCCGAAUCGUUGACUACCUCUUAGAAAAGAACCGAGUUGUCCGUCAGAACCCAGGGGAGAGAAACUACCACAUCUUCUACGCCCUCUUAGCUGGAACCAACACGCAGCAGAAGGAAGCGUUCGGCUUGACUCUGCCUGAUUCCUACCACUAUCUGCGACAGUCCGGCUGCCUCGCGGACCAGACAAUCAACGACAAAGGCACUUUUCAGGAGGUUCUGAAUGCAAUGCGAACAAUGCAGUUCACAGAGGAGAACAUCGGGGAGAUCCUGCGCCUCCUGGCUGGGAUCCUGUCCACGGGGAACAUCGAGUUCAUGACGGCUGGAGGAGCCCAGGUGUCGUCCAAGUCAGCUCUGACCCGGACGUCGGAGCUGCUGGGGCUGAACUCAGACCAACUGGCCGAGGUCCUGACCCACCGCUCCAUGAUCCUCAGGGGGGAGGAGAUCUCCACACCGCUCACUGUGGAGCAGGCGGUCGACUCCAGAGACUCCAUGGCCAUGGCACUUUACGCUCAGUGUUUCAACUGGAUCAUCCGGAAACUCAACAGCCGCAUCAGGGGCCGAGAGGACUUCAAAUCCAUCAGCAUCCUGGACAUCUUUGGAUUCGAGAACUUUGAGGUGAACCGCUUCGAGCAGUUCAACAUCAACUAUGCAAACGAGAAGCUUCAGGAAUAUUUUAACAAGCACAUUUUCUCCCUGGAGCAACUUGAAUACAACAAAGAAGGACUGGUGUGGGUCGACAUCAACUGGAUUGACAACGGCGAGUGUCUGGAUCUGAUCGAAAAGAAACUGGGUCUCCUGGCGCUCAUGAACGAGGAGAGUCACUUCCCCAAAGCCACUGAUGACACCUUAUUGGAGAAGCUCCACAGCCAACACUCGAAAAACCCCUUCUAUGUGAAACCCCGUGUUGCCGUGCACUACUUUGGAGUCCGACACUACGCAGGAGAGGUGGUGUACGACGUCAGGGGGAUGUUGGAGAAGAACAGAGACACGUUCAGAGACGACAUCCUCAACAUGCUGAGGGAGAGCAGGUUGGACUUUGUCUACGAUCUGUUUGAACACGUCCUGAGUCGCAACAAACAGGACACUCUAAAGAGCAGCUCCAAGCACCGACGGCCCACGGUCAGCUCCCAGUUUAAGGAUUCUCUUCACUCCCUGAUGGCCACGCUCUGCACCUCAAAUCCAUAUUUCAUCCGAUGCAUCAAACCAAAUACACAGAAGAUGCCUGACCAUUUCGACCAGACGGUGGUUCUGAACCAGCUCCGAUAUUCGGGAAUGUUGGAGACAGUGAAGAUCCGACGCACCGGCUUCCCCAUCCGCAGACCUUUCCAAGACUUCUGCUCCAGGUAUAAGGUGCUGAUGAGGGACUCCAUGAUCCCAGACGACCCCAAAGGACGCUGCGUUGAACUGUUGCAUCUGUACGACAGCAGCAGCGCAGAAUGGCAGCUCGGAAAAACCAAGGUUUUCCUGCGGGAGUCCCUGGAGCACCGUCUGGAGAAGCAGAGGGAGCUGGAGGUUCUGAAGGCAGCCAUGAUCAUUCAGGCCCACGUCAUGGGUUACAUUGCCAGGAAGCAGUACAGGAAACUGCUGCAGUGCAUCGUGGUCAUUCAGAAGAACUACCGGGCUUUCUAUUGGAGGAGGAGGUUCCUGCUGCUCCGCUGGGCAGCGCUCACCUUUCAGAAGCGCCUGCGAGGCCAGCUGGCCCGCCGGGCCUUCAGCCAGCUGCAGGAGGAGAGGAGGAGGAGGAGGAGGGAGGAAGAGGAGGAAGAGCAGCGCAGGAGGAAGGAGGAGGAGGAGGAGCUGGAGAGAGAAAGGCAGAGGCUGGAGGCUGAACGGCUCGCCAGAGAGGCUGAAGAAGCCUCCAGAGUGGAGAAACUGCAUCAUGUACAGCAGCUGGAAUCUCUGGUUUUGUCUCAGUCUGUGGUUGAAGUGAUGUCGGCAGCCGCUCAGGUGGAGCUGGAGUCCUCCGAGGUCAUAGAGGAGGUGUCGGAGGAGGUGUCUUCGGAGGAGGAGGAGGUGAUCCGGCCCCAUGAGGCGUCUCAGGUGGAGGAGAUCCUGCGUCUGGAACGGGAGAUCCAGGCCCUCCAGAGGCAGAAGGAGCGUCAGGAGCUGUCGCUGACCGAGGCCUCCCUGAACCGCCUGCAGCGCCUCCGCGACCAGGAGCUCCGGCGCCUGGAGGACGAGGCCUGCAAGGCGGCGCAGCAGUUCCUCGACUCCCUGAACUUCGACGAGAUCGACGAGUGCGUGAGGAACAUCGAGAGCUCAUUGGGAGUUGGUGAAGGGGACGAGAAGGAGAAAGAGAAUCGCCAGAGGAGAGGACACGAUGAAGAAGAGGUGGACGAAGGCUUCGGUGCCGACGACGAGGCCUUCAAAGACUCGCCCAACCCGAGCGAACACGGCCACUCGGAUGGACAGAGGACCAGCGGGAUCCGAACCAGCGAUGACUCAUCUGAGGAAGACCCAUACGCCAACGACGGCGUGAUCCCACCGCUCCCCCCCACCGCGCUGCUCCACCAGCCGCUGCCGUUACCCCCGGUUUCCCCCUUGGCCUCCGCCUUCUGCCACCCGCAGGCGUCAUCCGAGGCCCAGUCCGAUGACCUGGUGGAGCUCAUACCUCCAGAUGAGGACUCGGACUACGACCAGGACGACUAUGACGAGGGCGCCAUCGUGUCCAGUGGCAGCAUGGCGUUCUCCAACCCCCGCAGUGGGCAGUGGUCUCCAGACUACCGCGGCUCUGUGGGGACGUACAACAGCUCAGGGGCCUAUCGCUUCAGCUCAGAGGGGGCACAGUCAUCGUUUGAAGACAGUGAAGACGACUUCGACAGGUUUGACACCGAUGACGAGCUGUCGUAUCGUCGAGACUCUGUCUACAGCUGCGUCACAUUACCGUAUUUCCACAGCUUCCUCUACAUUAAAGGCGGCCUGAUGAACACGUGGAAGCGACGCUGGUGCGUUCUGAAGGACGAGACCUUCCUGUGGUUCCGGGCCAAACAGGAGGCUCUGAAGCAGGGUUGGCUGCACAAGAAGGGCGGCGGCUCAUCCACGCUGUCCCGCCGCAACUGGAAACGCCGCUGGUUCGUCCUGCGCCAGAGCAAACUCAUGUACUUCGAGAACGACAGUGAGGAGAAGAUGAAGGGGGUUCUGGACAUGCACAGCGCCAAAGAGAUCAUCGAUAACACUGGUAAGGAGAACGGGAUCAACAUUGUGAUGCCAGAGAGAACCUACCAUCUGAUCGCAGAAACUGCAGAGGACGCCAGUCAGUGGUUCAGCGUGCUGAGUCAGGUCCAUGGCUCGACGGAGCAGGAGAUCCGAGAGAUGCACGACGAGCAGGCCAACCCCCAGAACGCUGUGGGAACACUGGAUGUGGGGAUGAUCGAUUCAGUGUGUGCGUCAGAUAAUCCAGAGAGGCCAAACUCCUUCGUCAUGAUCACGGCAAACCGCGUUCUGCACUGCAACGCCGACACGCCUGAAGAGAUGCACCUCUGGAUCACUCUGCUGCAGAGGUCUAAGGGAGACACCAGGGUGGAGGGGCAGGAGUUCAUCAUCCGAGGUUGGCUGCACAAAGAGAUGAAGAACAGUAGUAAGGCGUCACUGAAGCUGAAGAAGCGCUGGUUCCUGCUUACCCACAAUUCCCUGGACUACUAUAAGAGCUCGGAACGCCAGGCCUUGAAGCUGGGAACUCUUGUGCUGAACAGCCUCUGUUCUGUGGUUCAGCCAGACGAGAAGGUCUUCAAGGAGACCGGUUACUGGAACGUUAUCGUGUACGGCCGUAAACACUCGUACCGACUGUACACGAAGCUGCUGAACGAGGCCACACGUUGGGCCAACUCCAUCCAGAACGUCAUCGACACCAAAGCCCCCAUUGACACGCCCACGCAGCAGCUCGUCCAGGACAUCAAGGAGAACUGUCUGAACUCUGAGGUGGUGGAACAGAUCUACAAGAGGAACCCCAUCCUCCGCUACAGCCACCACCCGCUGCACACGCCGCUGCUACCGCUGCCCUACGGGGACAUCCACCUGACCGGCCCAAGGAGCAGGAGCUACUCGACGCUGCAGGACGAGGCCCUGAAGGUGUUCAGCUCCCUGCAGCACCUGGAGGGCGUUGCCGACCCGGUGCCAAUCAUCCAGGGCAUCCUGCAGACGGGCCAGGAGCUCAAACCACUGAGGGACGAGCUCUACUGCCAGCUCAUCAAGCAGACCACCAGGCCACUGCAGCCCGGAGGAGCCGCCAACCUCUGCAGCUGGAAGAUCCUGGCCUGUAUGUCCUGCACCUUCGUCCCCACCAGGAGCAUCCUCCGCUACCUCAAGUUCCACCUGAAGAGGACUCGUGAGCUCUUCCCCGGCUCGGAGAUGGAACGUUACGCCGCUUUCGCCCUGGACUCGCUGAGGAAGACCCGGAGCAGGGAGAACGUCCCGUCGCAGGAGGAGAUCCGGGCCAUCGUGGCUAGGCAGGACAUGAGCACCACGGUCCACUGCCACGGAGGAGGAUCCUGCAAGAUCACCAUCAACUCCCACACCACGGCCGGAGAGGUGGUGGAGAAGUUAAUCCGUGGUCUGGCCAUGGAGGACAGCCGCAACAUGUUCGCCCUGUUCGAACACAACCACAGCACAGAGAAAGCCAUCGAGAGCCGCAUGGUGGUGGCCGACGUGCUCGCCAAGUUUGAGAAGAUGUCGGCCAGUCCGGACGAACUCAACAUGGGCUGGAAGUUCUACUUCAAACUCUACUGUUUCCUGGACACGGACAACGUCCCCAAAGACAGUGUGGAGUUCGCAUUCAUGUUCGAACAGGCCCAUGAGGCCGUCAUUCAUGGUCAGUAUCCGGCCCCUGAGGAGACGCUGCAGUUCCUUGCCGCUCUCAGGCUCCAGUACCUCCUCGGAGACCACGCCCCCCAGGCCGCCAUCCCCGAAAUGUCACAGGUGUUCCCUAUGGCACGGCUCCGAGCUCGGGUGCAGAACUCGGCUAAGACCUUUGCACCUGGUGGUGGCGGCAGCGGCUCCAUGUCCGAACGCUCAGGAACAUCAGAGAGAAAGCGGUCGAGCUUCCUGGAGGGAACGCUGAGGCGGAGCUUCAGGAGCGGCUCGCUGAGUCGGCAGAAGCUGGAGGAGGAGAACAGUCUGGAAGCAUGGCUAAGGGAGGAGGUGGCGGCGGUCCGCACCAGCGUCAUGGACAAAUGGAAGAAACUGCAGGGGAUGAACCAGGAGCAGGCCAUGGUCAAGUACAUGACGUUGGUGAAGGAGUGGCCUGGGUACGGGUCCACGCUGUUCAACGUGGAGUGUCGUGAUGGAGCGUUUCCGUCGGAGCUCUGGUUGGGUGUGAGCAGAGAGGCCAUAUCGGUCUACAAACGAGGCGAGCCGUGGCCUCUGGAGGUUUUCCCCUACGAGCAGAUUCUGUCCUUCGGGGCGCCGCUCCCCAACGCAUACAAGAUCGCCGUGGAGGGGCGAGAGCUGGUCUUCGAAACACAGAUGGUCAUGGACAUCGCCAAACUGAUGAAGGCCUACAUCAGCAUGAUCGUCAAGAAGCGCUACAGUAACUGCCAGUCGGUCAGCAGUCACGGCAGCCACGGUAGCCAGUGCAGCGCCUGGUGAACGCCCACCGCUGACCUCCACGCCGGCGUGCACUGGAGGGUGGAGCGUGGAUGUGCGCGGACGCUGUCCUCCAAACGCCACAGGGCGACGCCAACUCUGAACGCCGGAGGAAAACCACGAUGCUCUUAACGUUUAUUAAGGACAGGUUUAUUAAACGGACACGUCCUCAGAUACCAACGUCACCAAAGUGUCCUAAAGAUCUAAAAAGAACCGACGCAGACGCUCGUUACCCAGCAGCCCCCUGGUCACCUCUGGAAAAACCACAACACAACAACACUGUUUACAUGCACAACAAUAUCCAACAGGCUGCUGCUUUUACAGCUGCAUGUUGGGUCGUAUUUACAUUCUUUGGACCAUCUGAAAAGUAAAAAAGCCUUUAAACACCAGAAACGACAUGAAAAUGUCUACUUUAAGACAAAUGGGAACCUUUUCCUAAAUCUAAUCAAGUCAUUCUGGUGCUGAAACCAAA